UAUAUAAGCGAUACGUGUGUUGAGACAUCGUAGUGACACGAUACGGAGAUACGCCGCUAAAACAAUCCGACUGACUUUUUUUGGACGGGGAUCGAAGAAAGACAGGAAAACCCGAUUUCUGCGACGCAAAAUUAGAUUAAAGAGAGUGACUUUGCCUGCCGGACAAAACAGUGACAGCAGUUUACCCGGGUAGUAGAUAAUAACUCACAUCAAUUCACAAUGACCACGAGUACAACAAUGGAGCUGAGGUUAUUUCUCCUGGUUGUGCUUUUCUGCGCCCUUGCCACGUCACUUCCGGCCAAUCUUGCACGAGAACGACGGACGACCAACCCAGUACUCAGAGACAAAGGACGCGAAUCCAUGAAGACAAAACAGUUCAGAAUCGGCUAUAGGUACGGCAGGGCGUGGCAGCCACCCACCACAUUAGACGACAACGUUUACGGUGCCGACAAUUACGACAAUGAAGCUUUCCAAUUUCGAAACUUACCCCUCUUAGAGAAGCUCAUCGCUCAACUUGAAAAAGCCGACGAAAAUGGCGGUUAUUAAUGGAUGGAUACAUCGCAAGGGGACAAUACUCAUUAACUAGAAUCAAACAUUUUUUAUUGAUUAAAGCAGCAAGCUAUCGGAAAUAUUGUCGGAAAGAAAUUCAUCCCUUCGAGUUACCGGACUUCAAAAGAAAUUAAGCGCAAAGAAGUUGAAGGGGCCGUGUCCAUAAGUCAAUGCACUUUCAUGUUGGGAUCAUAGAGGUUUCUAUUUUUGUGGUAUAUGUUUCCACAUUCAAUUUUAUUCGUGUGUGUCAUGAUUUAUUCGUCUUUGGGGGAUUGGGUCCGUGCUUUGCUGAGAAUAAUAUCCAAGAAUGGACUUCCUCUCGUCAUGUUUUAUUUUGCCCGGACAGAUUAUCCUCAAGAUUAUGUGGAAUUUUCGGUGUUUUUUCUUUCAUAUUCGUCAUCUCACCUUGAAAAUCAUAUUUGAGAGUAGACUACAUGUAACCUUUUGUUUCACUAGGAUUCUGAUCAAAAGGUUUCAAAUCAAUGUGAAGUAGGUUCAAAACUUAACAUACACAAAUUGCCACAUCGUGAUUAGAAUUGUUAACCUAACUUCUAUUCCAUAUGGCUCUGUAAUAUCAAGGUAAUGUUUAUUCAUUUAUUUCCUAAAAUCAUAAAAAUGUGACUUUUUUCGUCAUUUCGUUGUCUUUUGUUGGCUUAAACUGGAUAAAAUCAGCUAUACUGUAAUAAUUCUCGGGGAUUCUUUUUCUCAUUAUGUCGUUUAAUCUGUUUUACCUAGCGGCUGAAGAAAAAUAUUGAAAUUAAUCAUUAGACCAAGUGUAAUAUAACAUUUCUUAUCCAAUAUUUCUAAGUCAUGUAUGAUUAUCCAUUUGGCGCCAUACUAUUUGGAUAAAGCGACCUUAUUCAAAGCUGAUUAGGUUAUAAAUGUCAAUAUCCUUGUGAAUACUGUGUACAAAGAAAUAGAUCAAAUGCAAAUGUAUUCUGGAGUUUUUCUGUAAUUCUUACCUUUUGCUGGAUGUGCUCUGCUCACAAGGCUUUUAUGUUGAUACAAUAAUGUACCUGAAAGAUAUACACAUGUAUGAAUGAGAUAUAGAUAUAGUGCCAUUUUUAUUUGAAAUAUGAUUUCGACGUGGCAACGUUGAUUAUCUGUAGUGUUGCCAUGUAGUGGGUAUUUAAAUGACGAAUGAUGGCCUUCUGAUAUUUCAUUACAACCAAUAAAGUAAAAGGUACCAUUAUAAAACUAAAGUAUUGUUAAUUAAAAGUAUCACAUGACAUUGAAUUAUAAUAUCCUCAUUAUUAUUGUACUAUGAAUUAUUCUUACUAUCGAAUUUGUAGUGUAAUGCGUAUAAUGAUGAAAACAUUGAUUGAAUGGAAUAAGAAGCAAAAAAAAAAUAACGACGUAGACUUCAUGAAAAGAGUUGAUAUAAACAAGUAUGAAAAAUUUAAAAAUGUUAUCCUUAAAUCUUAUUUGAAGGGUUAUUUGAAAUAAUAUCAUUUCCAUUCAUGUUGAACCCCUUUUUUUAGUUAUAUUCGAAAAGAUUUUGGAAUUUACCCCCCAAAAGUUAUAAAUAUUAAUUUUUUUCUUUCAUGAAUUCUAUAGACCGUGAAACCGUUUACAGUCAAUAGUUGAUACCCUUAAGUGUAUUCCGUUUUUCCAAAUCUUUCAGUUCGUGUCAAGAUUUUUCAUUGAGAUCUAUAGUUUUCCUGUUUGUGAAAUAAAACAUUCCUCAAUAUAACGAAA